GCAUCUCGUAAUAUUUUUAGUGAUUAUAUUUCGAGAAAUACGACGAAAGUUACUAUAAAAUGUGAGUGUAUUUUAUUCAUUAGCAAGUAACAUUGCUGUAGUGUUUAUUAUGUGAUUUUCGAGUGCGAUGAUCAUGAUUUCGUGGAAACGUAUAAUAUUUGCCUUGUUCUUUGUUACUGUUCAUAUAGUGUAUAAUUAAUCGCGUGUGAUUAAUAUCAUGAAUACUAUACAAAAUAUCGCCCGAUUUAAGUGUACUAUUCUGCUAAUUAAUGCAUAUAUGAUUGUAAUUAACUAUAUUGCCGCGAGUGUCAUGUGAAUGCAAUCAAUGAAGAAGCAGCAAAAAACAAGAGUGAAGCAGGAGGCUUGGAAAGACAUCGAAUAACAAUGUCUAUAAGACCACAACCGUAUCGCAAAAAGAUCAAGCGGACGUUAUUGUAUCGUAUGCAGCCUAUUCCUGAGAAUAAACCGACCGCAUCCACUUCCACAGACACGCGAGCAUCUAAGAAUAAUGUACAGAUGCGAGGGAAAUCGAUGCAGAUAACGGACGGGAGAGACGAAGACGAGGAAGACGAUGACAAUACUUGCUGCAAUCGUGCGACCUUUUGCAGCCCGAUGUUACGGGAAAUCCUCGUAACCGACGUGAUAUCCGCGUGUUUGGAUGUGCAACUAACAUGGGCGGAUCUCUUCUGGCUGGCGACCAUAACCGGCAUGACUUUACUGGCCUGGGCUGUUCUGUAUUUUCUGCUGGGCGACGUGGUGUUACCAGGUGGCAGCGUUUUCGGUCUUCUGCUUCUCGUCGUUUUCUCCUAUAUACUUGGCUGGACCCUCACCUACAUUCCUCGGUUGCAUCUACCGCCCAUCUUCGGCAUGCUCCUAGCCGGUAUAAUAUUACGCAACACCGACGUCUAUAAUAUACAUGACGAACUUGGACCGGGCACAACCUCCAAGAUCAGGACCUUCUGUCUGACUUUCAUUAUGGUACGUGCCGGUCUGCAGCUGACGACGACCGCGUUGAGAGCGCAUCCUGUAUUCGUGAUGAUCCUCGCGCUUGUACCAUGCACUAUCGAGAUGCUGACGAUCACUGUCUCAUGUAGAUAUCUUCUUGAAUUUCCAUGGAAUUGGUCUUUCAUGACAGGGACAAUCAUGGCCUGCAUGUCCUCUGGUGUAAUGGUCAACUGCAUGCUCAUUCUAGCUGAACAAGGUUACGGAGAAGAUAAAGGUUUCACCAGCUUAUUAUGCACGGCAGCGUCUAUCGACGUCGUCCACAUUGUAUCUCUGUUUUCCAUCUGCUUCUCUUUCGUUUUUAGCAACGAUGACAGGAGAACAGAAUGGUGGUCCUAUAUCCCCGGCGGGAUUCGAGAUUUUCUUUUAGGACUUAUAGUGGGAAUUAUCUUGGGUUUUGCCCUGGCCUUUUUCCCUCAUCGCAAUCACAAACACGCAAUGUGGUAUCGCAUCUGUGGUUUGACUCUCGCAUCUUUGAUGUGCACCACAGCAGCAUCGAGACUGGCGAUUACAGGUGGAGGAUACCUCGCUACCAUCAUAUUAUCGUUUAUAGCAAUUCACGGAUGGCGACUCUUGACGGUUUCGUAUGAUACGUCGCCUUUCCAUAAAGCGUUUUAUUUUUUGUGGCAUUUAGUGCAACCGAUUUUAGGGGGCGUGAUCGGUGCCGAUAUCGAUUUUAGAAACUGGACUAAAUCAAGAUUCAAACUCUACCUCGGCUGUGUACUCAUAGGUAUAUUCGUGCGUAGUAGUACCGCCUUUCUAACGACGCUUAGAAUGCCUUUUACGUGGAAAGAACGACUUUUCGUCGCUAUAUCUUGGCUACCGAAGGGAACUUUACAGGCAGCGCUAGCACCGAUGGCAUUCGAACGCGCUAGAAAGGAGGACGACCCAACGAAAAUCGAAUUAGCUCUCGAUGUAGUAAGGAUUUCCGUAAUCGCCAUAGUACUUCUGGCCCCGCUUGGCACGAUCGGCAUGAUGACUUGCGGCCCCUUUUUCCUCAACAAGAUCAGUAUCGAGGAACAGCAAAGGGAGCGUGAAUUGAGCUAUGCGCGUCUGAUUGCUUUGCAACCUGUUAGAACGCGAAAGCAAAGAAAGAAACUUGCCAACGAUUCUAUUAACACUCUUCCGAUAGAAUCGAUACCGUAGGAUUAAAUGCGAAUGAUUUAUUUAAAUAUAUCGAUUUUCUACCUUUUGACAAGGCGCGCUCGCUCCUUCAUUUCUUGCGAGAAAAUUGUUGGG